AUGGGUCGCCGUCAACACCGGCGCGACGAACUGACCGCAGAUGACUUGCUUCGGCUGGAGGAGGAAAGACCAACCAAGCGCCUCCGCUCGUCCUACCACGAUGACAACUCCUCGGAAAAUGGUAGUUUUCAGGAUUUCACUGACUCGGAAGGAAGAUCGCCAUCAUCCGACGAAGAGGGUUCUCCCCUUUCUGACGAUCGGUUUUCACGCGUUAGAGAAUUCGAUGUGAGCAGGGGGGAGGUUCAGCAAGACCGCCAGGGCGAAGUUGAGAUCCCAAAGGAAUUCACCAAGUCACCGACGCAACUAGUAUCCUCAUUCGCCGAGAUGGGAAUCUCCCCAUCGCUGGAAGCCGCGCUACGUCGUAUGUCUAUUCACACCCCUACUGAAAUCCAAUCGGCAUGUAUCCCACCGCUUCUGUCAGGAAGGGAUUCUUUCGCCGUCCCGAUAAUUCAAAGACUUGUCGCGGACCCGUAUGGUAUUUUUGCUCUUGUUCUCACACCGACGCGAGAGCUUGCGUUCCAGAUAUCAGAACAAUUUGCUGUACUUGGCGCUGCUAUUGGCAUACGCACAUCCGUCAUUGUCGGGGGCAUGGAUAUGAUUACUCAGGCCCUUGAGCUCGACACCCGUCCCCACGUGGUGGUUGCGACACCUGGUCGAAUAGUUGACCACCUCAAAAGUAGUAGUGGUGGCUGGGAUCUCUCUAGAAUUAAAUAUCUGGUUUUAGAUGAAGCCGAUCGACUACUCGCCCCUACUUUCGCACCGGAAUUGGCAUACAUGUUCCAGCACUUACCUAUAGAGCGACAGACGUGUCUCUUCACAGCUACCCUGACCCCUGCCGUCGAGGUCCUAGCAGAGACACGACCGAAACCCGGGAAAAUGAAACCAUUUUUUCAUCGAGCCGAAUCACCGGUCGAGACAGUUGCUAACCUUAAGCAACACUACCUGCUUGUCCCGUAUCAUGUUCGGGAGGUUUAUUUGUUUCAUUUGUUGUGCAACCCACCGGAAAGCACCAUACGACUCCGCCGCGUGCCACCGGAACCCUUUGGCAUGAAGAUGGCGAAGAAGACCAAGAGGUCGCGGAAGCACCACCAAGAAGAAGAGAAAAUUUUACAGCCACCUCCUACAAUUAUCUUUUGCACAAAGCCUCGUACUGUUGCUUAUCUUGUGAACAUACUGAAAACACUCUCCAUUCGGAGCACGGGAUUGCACUCGCGGCUCACUCAACGGGAGAGACUCGCUUCAUUAUCUCUCUUCAAAUCAGCCAUUGUUCCCGUCCUAGUUUCGACAGGACAUGUCGCCAUGAUCAUUAAUUGGGAUCUCCCGAGAGAACCAGAAGAGUAUACCCACCGCGUAGGAAGGACGGCCCGAGCGGGCAAGGGAGGAGUGGCAAUAAGCUUUGUGACAGAAAUGGACGAAGGCCGGCUGUUGAGGAUAGAGGAUCGCAUCGGAACCAAACUUACCUCGAUCGCUGCGCCUGAAGAUAAGGUGCUUGAGAAAUUAAACACGAUUUCUACAGCCAAGAGACUUGCAAACAUGGAACUCCAUGAUUCAAACUUUGGUAAGAGAGAAGAAAUUCAUAAAGCCAAAAGCCAAGAAAAGCAAAUGGAUGUCGGUGGAGACAUGUGAUAUUCUCACCUGGCGGUCGCUUCAUGACUUGGGCAUCAAAUCUGAAGGUGGAGCGAAUUUCUCUCAGCAACCCCAAAUUCUAACCGUGUCUGACGAAAGAUUACAGCAUUAGUUCGGAGAUUGAAGUUGCUACACUCUGGACCACUUGUAGGGAGGUUUUGCGAACAUAAUUCAGGUGUCGUUUGAGAUAGUGAGCAAAACAGCGGACGAGGCCUUCAACCCAUCGACCCGUGUAGAAAUACAUGAGUGUGAGUACUGGCAGUACGUGGUUUCGAAUCUGAGCCUGCUUACCUCCCGCCAUCGACUGGCCGGCGAAACCCGUUGCUCGCCCGAAAUGGCAACUGCAUUUUGUUUGUGGCCACACGCCCAUGCGUAAGGCAAAUAAGCUUGCGGGGAUAAAACCCCUCCCUGUAUAUCGUCUGUCUGGAAAUCUUCUGUCCCUUGCACCCACCAGCCUACCAGUAU